AAAGUAAGUUUUACCAUCAAGGGCCUUUUAAGAAGAAGAAGAAGAAGAAGAAGAAGAAGAAGAAGAGUCGAACAAUGGAGUUGACCUCAAAAACGUUGCGUCCUAACCUAUGAUAUAGUCAUUUGUCAUUUCACAUAGGAAUAUUCCUUCGGCAUGUAUCCUUCGUUUUAAGCAAUACUCGAGUAUCAAUAUACAAAUUGUCUUUGAAGCGAGAUAAAAUUUCAAAUGAAUCGCGAAGUUACGUGGAGCUCUCUGGAGCUUAGUGAACUCCUGGAAGUCCUGGAAGACGAGGAGUCUCACGUGCAUUUCACGAGGACCAUCAAACACCUCGCGUUACAUCCGUACCACUUGAACAACGUUCAGCGAGGUGUCAAUCAUAUUUUGAGAUCGUCCUUAAAUACUUACGACAAAGAAUUGAAAGGGUUUGUGUUAGCCUUUAGAAACCCUAAAUUGCUUAGCAAUCUGGGAGAGAUUCUAUAUGAUUCUCCCUUUAUUCACAUUGACGUUGAAGCAGAUUUUUAUCUAUUUUGUCCUACAAUUGGAACUUUCCUAAAAGGUAUAGUGAAUAAAAAGGGUUUGGAUCACAUUGUAGUGCUGGUGCACAAAAUCUAUACCAUCUCUAUUCCAAAACCUGAUGAUAUUGAGGAAUGGUUAGGUGAUUUGAUGGAGAUUGGUCAGGAAGUAAAAUGUUGCGUGAAUCAAAUUGACAAUAGGAGCAAACCACCUUUCAUAUGCGCCACUUUAAAAUCUGAUUAUUCACAAGGUUAUAGGUUAAGUUUAAGUAAUAUUGAUAAUGUAGAUGGUGCAAUUGAAAAUUUGGUUCCUUCCAUAAGAUAUGACACUUCAAUUAAUGGAGUAUCAGAUGAUGGUGUUUCUGAAAGUGAGAGGAAGAAACGUUGAAAGAAACACAAGAAGUCUCGUGAAAAUGAUACAGAAUCUAUUAGUAAAAUUGACAACAGAUCAGAGUCGUAUGAUAAUGCAGGGAAUGAUAUUCCUAUAACUAUCAAAUCGAAAAGAAAUAAAAAGAAUUUCUUAUGAUCGAUUUUCAAUUCAAAUACUCUAAAUCGUAACAAUCAUUUUCUGCCCUGCAAGGUGUUUUGCUUCUUGAAAGAAAAUUAAAUCCAUCACCGGAGAAGAGGACACAACUUAGAUUUAGUCCCUUUUUUUUUAGAAAAAAGAAUUUGAAAAAAUAUGCAAUAGACAUAAAAAUGUUCGGACUGUGUAUAUUUGCGUAAUCAUUUUUAUAAAAAAUAAAAGGUUCGUUAAUCAAAGAUUUUUCU